AUGACCCACCAAACACACGCCUACCACAUAGUAGAUCCAAGCCCAUGACCACUAACAGGUGCAACAGCAGCAUUACUAAUAACCUCAGGACUUGCCAUAUGAUUUCACUAUAGCUCAAUACUAUUAAUAGCUUUGGGCCUAUUAACCAUAUUACUCACCAUACUUCAAUGAUGACGGGAUAUUGUACGAGAAGGAACAUUCCAAGGACACCACACCCUACCAGUACAAAAAGGCCUUCGAUAUGGCAUAAUCCUAUUCAUUACAUCAGAAGUAUUUUUCUUCAUCGGGUUCUUCUGAGCCUUUUACCACUCUAGCCUUACUCCCACACCAGAACUAGGCGGUUGCUGACCACCAACAGGAAUUACCCCACUAAAUCCAUUCGAAGUUCCACUACUAAAUACAGCCGUCUUAUUAGCCUCAGGCGUAACAAUCACCUGGGCCCACCACAGCUUAAUAGAAUCAAACCGAAACCAAACCACUCAGGCCCUAGGCCUCACAAUUUUACUUGGAUUAUAUUUUACAGUACUACAAGCCAUAGAAUACUACGAAGCUCCUUUCACAAUUGCCGAUGGUGUAUACGGCUCAACAUUUUUUGUUGCAACAGGCUUCCAUGGAUUACAUGUAAUCAUCGGAUCUACAUUCCUAAUCGUAUGCCUAAUGCGACAAAUCAAGUAUCACUUCACCUCCACCCACCACUUCGGAUUCGAAGCAGCCGCUUGAUAUUGACAUUUUGUAGAUGUUGUCUGACUGUUCCUAUACGUGUCAAUCUACUGAUGAGGCUCAU